GUAUCAGUCCAGGUUCAUCCAGCUUUUACCCCACCUUACCUUUUCCCAAUUGGAGAUGUUGCUAUAACAUACACAGCAAUUGACCUAUCUGGCAACCAAGCCAGCUGCACUUUCCAUGUUAAAGUUAUUGAUGUAGAACCACCUGUCAUAGACUGGUGCAGAUCUCCACCUCCAAUCCAGGUCUCAGAGAAAGAGCAUGCUGCAAGCUGGGAUGAGCCUCAGUUCUCAGAUAACUCAGGUGCUGCAUUGGUCAUCACCAGAAGUCAUACACAAGGGGACCUCUUCCCUCACGGGGAAACUAUAGUACGGUAUACAGCCACUGACCCCUCAGGCAAUAAUAGGACAUGUGACAUCCACAUUGUCAUAAAAGGUUCUCCCUGUGAAGUUCCAUUCACACCUAUAAAUGGGGAUUUUAUAUGUACUCAAGACACUACUGGAGUUAACUGCACAUUAAGUUGCUUGGAGGGCUAUGAUUUCACAGAAGGGUCGACCGAGAAGUAUUAUUGUGCUUAUGAAGAUGGUAUCUGGAAACCACCAUAUUCCACUGAGUGGCCAGACUGUGCCAUACAACGUUUUGCAAACCAUGGUUUCAAGUCCUUUGAGAUGUUGUACAAAGCAACUCGUUGUGAUGACACAGAGCUGUUGAAGAAGUUUUCUGAAGCCUUUGAGACUACUCUGGGAAAAAUGGUCCCAUCGUUCUGUAAUGAUGCUGAUGAUAUUGACUGCAGACUGGAGGACCUGACCAAAAAAUAUUGCCUAGAAUAUAAUUAUGACUAUGAAAAUGGCUUUGCAAUCGGACCAGGUGGUUGGGGUGCAGCUAACAGGCUGGAUUACUCUUAUGAUGACUUCUUGGAUGCUGUGCAAGAGACACCCAGGAGCAUUGGGAGAGCAAGAUCUUCACGAAUUAAAAGAAAUGCCCCAUUAUCUGACCACAAAAUUAAGUUAAUUUUUAACAUUACAGCUAGUGUGCCAUUGCCCAAUGAAAGAAAUGAUACCCUUGAACUGGAAAAUCAGCGACGACUCAUUGAGACAUUGGAAACAAUCACAAAUAAACUGAAAAGAACCCUCAGUAAAGAGCCCCUGUACUCCUUUCAGCUUGCAUCAGAAAUGCUGGUAGCUGACAGCAAUUCAUUAGAAACAGAAAAGGCUUUCUUCUUCUGCAGACCAGGUUCAGUGCUGAGAGGACGAAUGUGUGUCAACUGCCCUUUGGGAACCCAUUACUCCCUUGAACAUUCCAUCUGUGAGAGCUGCCAACUGGGAUCCUAUCAAGAUGAAGAAGGGCGGCUUGAGUGCAAGCUUUGUCCCAGGGGGACUUACACAGAGUAUCUCCAUUCAAGAAACAUCUCUGAAUGCAAAGCUCAGUGUAAGCAAGGCACCUACUCAUCCAACGGACUUGAGACUUGUGAAUCGUGUCCUUUGGGCACUUACCAGCCAGAAUUUGGUUCCCGGAGUUGCCUCUUAUGUCCAGAAAACACUUCAACAGUGAAAAGAGGAGCUGUGAACAUUUCUGCUUGUGGAGUACCUUGUCCAGUAGGAGAAUUCUCACGUUCUGGGCUAAUGCCUUGUUAUCCAUGUCCUCGAGACUAUUACCAACCUGAUUCCGGGAAGGCUUUCUGCUUGGCUUGUCCCUUUUAUGGAACUACACUUACCACUGGUACUAGAUCCAUCACAGAUUGUUCAAGUUUUAUUUCAACUUUCUCUGCAGCGGAGGAAAGUAUAGUUCCCCCUGCCUCUCCUGGACAUGUCAUAAAGAAGUACGAAGUCAGCAGUCAGGUUUUCCAUGAAUGCUUCUUAAACCCUUGCCACAAUAGUGGAACCUGCCAACAACUUGGACGUGGUUAUGUUUGUCUCUGUACACCUGGAUAUACAGGCUUAAAGUGUGAAACAGACAUCGAUGAGUGCAGCUCUCUGCCAUGCCUCAACAAUGGAAUUUGUAAAGACGGAGUUGGGGAAUUCAUUUGUGAGUGUCCACAGGGUUACACAGGUCGGCUAUGUGAAGAAAAUAUAAAUGAGUGCAGUUCCAGUCCUUGUUUAAAUAAAGGAACCUGUGUUGAUGGCUUGGCUGGCUAUCAUUGCAUGUGUAUGAAAGGAUACAUAGGCUUACACUGUGAAACAGAAGUCAAUGAAUGCCAGUCAAGCCCGUGCUUAAAUAAUGCAGUCUGUGAAGACCAGGUUGGGAGGUUCUUGUGCAAAUGCCCACCUGGAUUUUUGGGUACCCGGUGUGAAAAAAACAUGGAUGAAUGUCUCAGUCAGCCAUGCAAAAAUGGGGCUACUUGUGAAGAUGGUGCCAAUAGCUACAGAUGCCAAUGUGCAGAGGGCUUCACAGGGUCACACUGUGAAUUGAAUAUCAAUGAAUGUCAGUCUAACCCAUGUAAAAAUCAAGCCACCUGUGUGGAUGAAUUAAACUCAUACAGCUGUAAAUGUCAACCAGGAUUUUCAGGUAGCAGGUGUGAAACAGAACAGUCUACAGGUUUCAACCUGGAUUUCGAAGUUUCUGGUAUCUAUGGUUACGUCAUACUAGAUGGCGUGCUUCCAUCUCUCCAUGCUGUAACCUGCACAUUCUGGAUGAAAACUUCCGACAACAUCAACUAUGGAACUCCAAUCUCUUAUGCACUCGAGAAUGGCAUGGACAAUGCCUUCCUUCUGACUGAUUAUAAUGGCUGGGUUCUUUACGUGAAUGGCAAGGAAAGGAUAACAGACUGUCCUGCAGUGAAUGAUGGCAGAUGGCAUCACAUUGCAAUCACCUGGACAAGUGCCGGUGGAUCCUGGAAAGUCUAUAUUGAUGGGAAAUUAUCUGAUGGUGGUGUAGGUCUCUCAGUUGGUUCGGCCAUACCUGGUGGUGGUUCAUUAGUUCUGGGACAAGAGCAAGACAAAAAAGGAGAGGGAUUCAACCCAGCUGAAUCUUUUGUGGGCUCUAUAAGCCAGCUCAACCUCUGGGACUAUGUCCUGUCUCCACAGCAGGUGAAAUCGCUGGCUACCUCUUGCCCAGAGGAACUCAAUAGAGGAAAUGUGUUAGCCUGGCCUGAUUUCUUGUCAGGAAUUGUAGGGAAAGUGAAGGUUGAUUCCAAGAGUAUAUUCUGUUCUGAUUGCCCACCUUUAGAAGGAUUGGUACCUCAUCUGCGAACUGCAUCAGUAGAUUUAAAGCCAGGCUCCAAAAUCAGUCUAUUCUGUGAUCCAGGCUUCCAGAUGGUUGGGAACCCAGUGCAGUACUGUCUGAAUCAAGGGCAGUGGACACAACCACUCCCUCACUGUGAACGCAUUAGCUGUGGGGUGCCACCUCCUUUGGAGAAUGGCUUUUAUUCUGCUGAGGACUUCCAUGCUGGCAGCACAGUAACCUACCAGUGCAACAAUGGCUACUAUUUGUUGGGUGAUUCAAGGAUGUUCUGUACAGAUAAUGGGAGCUGGAACGGCAUUUCACCAUCAUGCCUUGAUGUUGAUGAGUGUGCAGUUGGAUCAGACUGUAAUGAGCAUGCAUCUUGCCUAAAUACAAAUGGGUCCUAUAUAUGCUCAUGUAUCCCACCAUACACAGGAGAUGGCAAAAACUGUGCAGAACCUAUAAAAUGUAAGGCUCCAGGAAAUCCAGAAAACGGCCACUCUUCCGGUGAAAUUUAUACAGUGGGUGCAGAAGUCACAUUUUCAUGUGAGGAUGGUUACCAGAUGAUGGGAGUAGCCAAAAUCACAUGUCUGGAGUCUGGAGAAUGGAAUCAUCUAAUGCCAUAUUGUGAAGCUAUUUCCUGUGGUGCACCAGCUAUUCCAGAAAAUGGUGACAUUGAGGGAUCAGUGUUUACCUAUGGCAGUAGAGUGGCAUAUAGGUGUAAUAAAGGAUAUACUCUAGCAGGUGAUAAAGAAUCAUCCUGUCUUGCCAGCGGUUCUUGGAGUUAUUCUCCUCCUGUGUGUGAACUGGUGAAGUGUUCCAGUCCGGAAAGCAUAAAUAAUGGAAAAUAUAUUUUGAGUGGGCUUACCUACCUUUCUACUGCAUCAUAUUCAUGUGAGAGUGGAUACAGUUUACAGGGCCCAUCCAUCAUUGAAUGCACAGCUUCUGGCAGUUGGGACAGAGCACCACCUACUUGUCACCUUGUCUUCUGUGGCGCUCCGCCUGCCAUCAAAGAUGCUGUCAUUACCGGAAGUAACUUCACUUUUGGGAACACUGUCACUUACACUUGCAAAGAAGGUUAUACUCUUGCUGGUCCUGACACCAUUGAAUGCCUGGCCAGUGGCAAGUGGAGUGGAAGUAACCAACAGUGUCUGGCUGUCUCCUGUGACGAACCUCCCAAUGUGGACCACGCCUCUCCAGAGACUGCCCACCGGCUCUUUGGAGACAUUGCAUUCUACUACUGCUCAGAUGGUUAUAGCUUGGCAGACAAUUCCCAGCUCCUCUGUAAUGCUCAGGGCAAGUGGGUUCCCCCAGAGGGUCAGGACAUGCCCCGUUGUAUAGCUCAUUUCUGUGAAAAACCUCCAUCUGUUUCCUACAGUAUCUUGGAAUCUGUGAGCAAGGCAAAAUUUGCAGCCGGCUCAGUUGUGAGCUUUAAAUGCAUGGAAGGUUUCGUGCUAAACACCUCAGCAAAGAUCGAAUGUAUGAGAGGUGGACGGUGGGUCCCUUCUCCCAUGUCCAUCCAGUGCAUCCCUGUGCGGUGUGGAGAGCCACCAGGCAUCAUGAAUGGCUAUGCGAGUGGGUCAAACUACAGUUUUGGAGCCAUGGUGGCUUAUAGCUGCAACAAAGGGUACUACAUCAAAGGAGAAAAAAAGAACACCUGUGAAGCCACAGGACAGUGGAGUAGCCCCAUACCCACAUGCCACCCUGUGUCUUGCAAUGAACCGCCUAAGAUUGAGAAUGGCUUCCUGGAGCAUGCAACUGGCAGGGUCUUUGAGAGUGAAGUGAGGUACCAGUGUGACCCGGGAUAUAAGUCCAUUGGAAGUCCUGUAUUUGUCUGCCAAGCCAAUCGCCACUGGUACAGUGAAUCCCCUCUGUCAUGCAUCCCUCUCAACUGUGGAAAACCUUCCCCGAUCCAGAAUGGCUUCAUGAAAGGAGACAAUUUUGAUGUGGGGUCCAAGGUUCAGUUUUUCUGUAAUGAGGGUUAUGAGCUUGUGGGUGACAGUUCUUGGACAUGCCAGAAAUCUGGCAAAUGGAAUAAGAAGCCAAACCAAAAGUGUGUGCCUGCCAAGUGCCCAGAGCCACCCCUUCUGGAAAACCAGCUAGUAUUGAAGGAGUUGACUACUGAGUUAGGAGUGGUGACAUUUUCAUGUAAGGAAGGACAUGCGCUACAAGGCCCCUCCAUCCUGAAAUGCUUGCCAUCCCAGCAAUGGAAUGACUCUUUCCCUGUGUGUAAGACAGUUGUUUGCCUCCCACCUCCCCUAAUUUCCUUUGGUGUCCCCACUCCUUCUUCUGCUCUUCAUUUUGGAAGUACUGUCAAGUAUUCUUGUGUAGAAGGGUUUUUCCUAAGAGGAGAUCCUACCAUCUUCUGCCAAGCUGAUGGCACCUGGAGCUCCCCACUGCCAGAAUGUGUUCCAGUAGAAUGUCCCCAGCCUGAGGAAAUCCUCAAUGGCAUCAUCGAUGUUCAAGGUCUUGCCUAUCUCAGCACAGCUCUGUAUUCCUGCAAGUCAGGCUUUGAGUUAGUGGGAAAUACUACCAUCCUUUGUGGAGAAAAUGGCCACUGGCUUGGAGGAAAACCAACAUGUAAACCCAUUGAGUGCCCAAAGCCCAAGGAGAUUUUGAAUGGCAAAUUUUCUCAUACAGACCUGCACUAUGGACAGACCAUUACAUAUUCUUGCAACCAAGGCUUCCGGCUUGAAGGUCCAGAAACCGUGACCUGUUUAGAGACAGGUAAUUGGGAUGUAGAUGCCCCAUCAUGUGAGGCCAUCCACUGUAAUUCCCCACAACCCAUUGAAAAUGGUUUUGUAGAGGGUGCGGAUUAUAGCUAUGGUGCCAUGAUCAUCUACAGCUGUUUUCCUGGGUUUCUGAUUGCUGGACAUGCCAUGCAGACCUGUGAAGAGACAGGGUGGUCAAGCUCCAUCCCAACAUGUGUACCCAUAGACUGUGGCCUCCCUCCUCACAUAGACUUUGGAGACUGUACUAAAGUCAAAGAUGGACAGGGAGACUUUGAAGAAGAAGAUGACAUGAUGGAAGUUCCGUAUGUGACGCCUCACCCUCCUCAUCAUGUGGGAGCAGUGGCUAAAACCUGGGAAAAUACAAAGGAAUCUCCUUCUGUACAUUCAUCAAACUUUCUAUAUGGCAACAUUGUUUUAUACACCUGUAAUCCAGGAUAUGAACUUUUGGGGAACCCUGUGCUGAUUUGCCAGGAAGAUGGAACUUGGAAUGGCAGUGCACCUUCUUGCAUUUCAAUUGAAUGUGACUUGCCUACUGCUCCUGAAAAUGGUUUCUUGCAUUUUAAAGAGACUACAAUGGGUAGUGCUGCGCAGUAUAACUGUAAGCCUGGACACAUUCUUGUGGGCUCUGACAUAAGGCUUUGUCUACAGAAUAGAAAGUGGAGUGGUGUUUCCCCGCAUUGUGAAGCCAUUUCAUGCAAAAAGCCAAAUCCAAUCAUCAAUGGAUCCAUCAAAGGAAGCAACUACACAUACCUAAGUGUGUUGUACUAUGAUUGUGACCCUGGGUAUGCGCUGAACGGCAUUGAGAUGAGAACAUGCCAAGAAGAUAAAAAUUGGGAAGGGGAUGAGCCAGUCUGCAUUCCUGUGGAUUGUGGUUCACCCCCAGUCCCAGCCAAUGGCAAGGUGAAAGGAGAUGAGUACACAUUCCAAAAAGAGAUUAAAUACACUUGCAAUGAAGGCUUCUUGCUUGAGGGAGCAAGAAGUCGUGUUUGCCUUGCUGAUGCAAGUUGGAGUGGAGUCACUCCCAACUGCAUACCUGUCAGAUGUGCUACCCCACCACAAGUGGCAAAUGGAGUGAUGGAAGGUCUGGACUAUGGCUUCAUGAAGGAAGUGAUUUUCCACUGUCAAGAGGGCUACAUGUUGCAUGGUUCUCCAAAACUCACCUGUCAGUCAGAUGGUAACUGGGACACAGAGGUUCCUCUCUGUAAACCAGUCAACUGUGGACCUCCUGAAGAUCUUGCUCAUGGUUUCCCUAAUGGCUUUUCCUUUGUUCAUGGGGGGCAUAUACAGUAUCAGUGCUUUCCUGGUUAUAAGCUCCAUGGAUGUUCUUCUAGAAGGUGUCUCUCCAAUGGUUCCUGGAGUGGUAGCCCACCUUCCUGCCUGCCUUGCAGGUGUUCCACACCAAUAAUUCAAUAUGGAACUGUCAAUGGGACAGAUUUUGACUGUGGACAGACAGCCUGGAUUCAGUGUUUCAAAGGCUUCAAGCUCCUGGGACUUUCUGAAAUCACCUGUGAAGCCAAUGGCCAGUGGCACUCCGAGUUGCCACACUGUGAACACAUUUCUUGUGGUUCUCUCCCAAUAAUACCAAAUGCUUUCAUAAGUGAGAGCAGCCCUUGGAAGGAAAAUGUGAUAACAUACAGCUGCAGGUCUGGGUAUGUCAUGCAAGGCAGUUCAGAUCUGAUUUGUACAGAAAAAGGAGUGUGGAGCCAGCCUCAUCCAGUCUGUGAACCUCUGUCCUGUGGGCCCCCACCAUCUGUCGCCAAUGCAGUGGCAACUGGAGAGGUGCACACCUAUGAAAGUAAAGUGAAACUCAGAUGUCAAGAAGGUUAUAUGAUGGAUACAGAUAUAGAUACAUUCACCUGUCAAAAAGAUGGCCGUUGGUCUCCUGAAAGAAUCUCCUGCAGUCCUAGAAAGUGUCCUCUGCCAGCAAACAUAACACAUAUACUGGUUCAUGGAGACGAUUUUAGUGCGAAUAAGCAAAUUUCUGUGUCAUGUGCAGAAGGGUAUACCUAUGAGGGAGUUAACAUAUCCACAUGUCAGCUUGAUGGUACCUGGGAACCACCAUUUUCUGAUGAAUCCUGCAGUCCAGUUCCUUGUGGGAAACCUGAAAGUCCAGAAUAUGGAUUUGUGGUUGGCAGUAAAUAUAGCUUUGAAAGUACAAUUAUUUAUCAAUGUAAACCUGGCUAUGAAUUAGAGGGGAACAGGGAACGUGUCUGUCAGGAAAACAGACAGUGGAGUGGAGGGGUAGCAACAUGCAAAAAGACCAGGUGUGAAGCGCCACUUGAAUUUCUGAAUGGGAAGACUGACAUUGAAAACACAACCACUGGACCCAGCGUGGUAUACUCCUGCAACAGAGGCUACAGCCUUGAAGGGCUGCCCAAGGCACACUGCACAGAAAAUGGAACCUGGAGUCACCCAGCUCCUUUCUGCAAACCAAAUCCAUGCCCUGUCCCUUUUGUGAUCCCUGAGAACGCUCUGCUUUCUGAAAAGGAGUUUUAUGUUGAUCAGAAUGUGUCUAUCAGGUGUAGGGAAGGCUUCCUGCUCCAGGGCCAAGGCAUCAUUACCUGCAACCCUGACGAGACAUGGACACAGACAAGUGCCAAAUGUGAAAAAAUCUCAUGUGGUCCACCAGCUCAUGUAGAAAAUGCAAUUGCUCGAGGCAUACAUUAUCAAUAUGGGGACAUGAUCACUUACUCCUGUUACAGUGGAUACAUGUUGGAAGGUUCCCUAAGGAGUGUUUGCCUAGAAAAUAGAACAUGGACAUCACCUCCUAUUUGCAGAGCGGUGUGUCGAUUCCCGUGUCAGAAUGGGGGCAUCUGCCAGCGCCCAAAUGCUUGCUCCUGUCCAGACGGCUGGAUGGGGCGCCUCUGUGAAGAGCCAAUAUGUAUUCUUCCCUGUCUGAAUGGCGGUCGCUGCGUGGCCCCUUAUCAGUGUGACUGUCCACCUGGCUGGGCGGGGUCUCGCUGUCAUGCAGCUGUUUGCCAGUCUCCUUGCUUAAAUGGCGGAAAAUGUGUAAGACCAAACCGUUGCCACUGCCUUUCAGCUUGGACAGGACAUGACUGUUCCAGGAAAAGGAGGACUGGGUUUUAACCACUGCACAACCAGCUGGCUCUCCCAAUAGCAGGAUCAUCUCCUCCUGAUAGCGCCUGGGCAUCCUGGAACAGACGCAAAGAAAGUCCAACAUGGUGCUGGGUCUCGUUUUGUUUAGUAAACUUAUUAUUUGGGGUUUACUUUUUUAUUUGGUGAUAUAUUUUGUUACUCCUUGUGACAUACUUUCUUACAUGUUUCCAUUUUUAAAUAUGCCUGUAUUUUCUAUAUAAAAAUUAUAUUAAAUAGAUGCUGCUCCACCCUCACAAAAUGUA